AGGCCCGGAAAGUACAGAAAAGGAUGGCCCUGGGGGAACCACAGGAAGCCAUGAUUCCAUGGUCUCUGAAAUGAUGAACCUGAAUCUGGAGGGGUACCCCAGGCCUGUUCCUGAAAAAUGUACAAACCUUCCUGAGAGCAUCAGGGCCCAGAGGGGGCAGGUUCAGCCUGCCCUGGACAGCAGAGACCUCUUCAGAUUCAACAGCCCAACCUCCUCAAAAUCCAGAGACCUUACCUGUCAGAAACCAGAAGCCCAGCCCCACCUCGGCUUGGACCCCAGGUCCUGGACCCCAGGGGUAUCAGGGGGCUGAGAGACGUGACACCAACUGGCCUCCCAGGGCGCCAGGGCCAAAUCCAGUACCAGCUGCUGUCUGGGAGUGGACAGCGACGGCUCCACAAAGCUACACGCAGAUGUGCCCCUCCCCUGGAGCUGGACACCACCGGAGUAUGGACCACUCAGAUACGGCCACAGCGCUGCCGUCUAGGCUGGAGGAGCAGGGAAUGACCGCCUCCCAUCCUAACCUAGAACCUAGCCCCCGUGUGGCACCAUGUUCUUCUUCCCCGCAUCCUUGCCAGCCUUCGCUCCAGCCCACCCUCAGUCUCCCCACAUCCAAGGUUCUGAGCCCAUUUUGACAUUUGACGCUUGGCUCAGCCCACCCCACCCCUUGCGUCUCCCCCCAUGGUCCGCAUUCCUCUUCCUUGAGGGGGCAGAUGUGGGGAGGCUGUGGAGUUAGGAGAGACAAUCAGAGUGGGGGAGGAGGCCUGCGGAGUCCGGCUAGGGCACAGGAAGGGCCGGGCUGUCCCACCGGGGAAGUGGGAGGGCGCCGAGGCGCCGGGAGGGAAGUGCCUGUUGCCCGGGGCUCAGAGCUAAUAGCCUAGCAGCCAGUGUGACUCCGAAACCUGCCCUGGGGUUAGCCCGUUCAGCUGCGGCAGUGAGUUGGGGGAAGGGAGUAGCCGGGGCUCCUUUGCUUCAACCCUGAAUCCUGUGCCCCUGGCUUUUGCUAGAGCACCUCUGCAGUCUGGGUUUGAGGAAGGAGAAGCAAAGCAUUGAGCAGUCCCUUCACUGCCAACUGGGAGAAGGCAAGGAGGUCACAGGGAGUGCCUGGGGGAGGUGGGAUAGCGAGGUUGGGAGGUCCGGGCGCAAGUGGCUUGGACCUGGUGAGAACCGCACAGCUGGGGCUAGCUGGGGCCUCAGACAGUAACCCACCCUGGCCCUCCUCAGCCCCAGGGGUCACCCCAAGGCGGUAUAGCUCUGGGCAGGGGAGACCAUGGCCCGCCUCUUCAGUCCCCGGCCGCCUCCCAGCGAAGACCUCUUCUACGAGACCUACUACAGCCUGAGCCAGCAGUACCCACUGCUGCUGCUGCUGCUGGUGAUCGUGCUCGUCGGGCUCCUGGCGCUGCUCGCUGUUGCCUGGGCCAGCGGCAGGGAGCUGGCCUCAGACCCGGGCUUCCUGACCACUAUGCUGUGCGGGCUGGGCGGCUUCUCGCUGCUGCUGGGCCUGGCUUCCCGCGAGCAGCGACUGCAGCGCUGGACGCGUCCCCUGUCGGGCCUCGUGUGGGCAGCGCUGCUCGCGCUAGGCCUCGGCUUCCUCUUCACCGGGGGCGUGGUGAGCGCCUGGGACCAGGUGUCCUUUUUCCUUUUUGUCAUCUUCACCGUGUACGCCAUGUUGCCCUUGGGCAUGCGGGACGCCGCCGCCGCGGGUCUCGCCUCUUCACUCUCACACCUGCUGGUCCUCGGGCUGUAUCUUGGGCUUCAGCCGGACUCACAGCCCGCGCUGCUGCCGCAGCUGGCGGCAAACGCGGUGUUGUUCCUGUGCGGGAACGUGGCCGGAGCAUACCACAAGGCGCUGAUGGAGCGCGCGCUGCGCGCCACGUUCCGGGAGGCGCUUAGUUCCCUGCACUCCCGCCGGAGACUCGACACCGAGAAGAAGCACCAGGAACACCUUCUCUUGUCCAUCCUUCCUGCCUACCUGGCCCGAGAGAUGAAGGCGGAGAUCAUGGCACGGCUGCAGGCUGGACAGGGGUCCCGGCCAGAGAGCACCAACAACUUCCACAGCCUCUAUGUCAAGAGGCACCAGGGAGUGAGCGUGCUGUAUGCUGACAUCGUGGGCUUCACGCGGCUGGCCAGUGAGUGCUCCCCUAAGGAGUUGGUGCUCAUGCUAAACGAGCUCUUUGGCAAGUUCGACCAGAUCGCCAAGGAGCAUGAAUGCAUGCGGAUCAAGAUCCUGGGAGACUGUUACUACUGUGUCUCCGGGCUGCCGCUCUCGCUGCCAGACCACGCCAUCAACUGCGUGCGCAUGGGGCUGGACAUGUGCCGGGCCAUCAGGAAACUUCGGGCAGCCACCGGCGUGGAUAUCAACAUGCGUGUGGGUGUGCACUCGGGCAGCGUGCUCUGCGGGGUCAUCGGGCUGCAGAAGUGGCAGUAUGAUGUCUGGUCCCAUGAUGUCACUCUGGCCAACCACAUGGAGGCGAGUGGAGUGCCAGGACGAGUACAUAUCACAGGGGCCACGCUGGCAUUGCUGGCAGGGGCUUAUGCUGUGGAGGAUGCAGCCAUGGAACACGGGGACCCAUACCUUCGGGAGCUAGGGGAGCCGACCUACCUUGUCAUCGAUCCCCGGGCUGAGGAGGAGGACGAGAAGGGCACUGCAGGCAGGUUGCUGUCCUCUCUUGAGGGCCCCAAGAUGCGUCCGUCACUGCUGAUGACCCGCUACCUGGAGUCCUGGGGUGCGGCCAAGCCUUUCGCCCACCUGAGCCACGUGGAGAGCCCUGUGUCCACCUCCACCCCUCUCCCGGAGAAAGCCCUGUCUUCCUUCAGCCCCCAGUGGAGCCUGGACCGGAGCCGUACCCCCCGGGGACUAGAUGAUGAACUAGACACCGGGGAUGCCAAGUUCUUCCAAGUCAUCGAACAGCUCAACUCUCAGAAACAGUGGAAACAGUCAGAGGACUUCAACCCAUUGACACUGUACUUCCGAGAGAAGGAGAUGGAGAAAGAGUAUCGGCUCUCUGCACUCCCCGCCUUCAAAUACUAUGCCGCCUGCACCUUCCUGGUUUUUUUCUCCAACUUCAUUAUCCAGAUGCUGGUGACAAACAGGCCCCCAGCUCUGACCAUCACCUAUAGCAUCACCUUCCUCCUCUUCUUCCUCCUCCUCUUCGUCUGCUUCUCAGAGCACCUGACGAAGUGUGUCUUGAAAGGCCCCAAGAUGCUGCACUGGCUGCCCACACUGUCUGUCCUAGUGGCCACACGGCCCGGACUGCGAGUUGCCCUGGGCACCGCUACCAUCCUGCUCGUCUUCUCCAUGGCCAUUACCAGCCUGGUCUUCUUACCGGCAGCAUCAAACUGCCCUUUCCGGGCUCCCAAUGUGUCCUUCACGGCUUCCAACCUCUCCUGGGAGCUCCCUGGGUCCCUGCCUCUCAUCAGCGUCCCCUACUCCGUGCACUGCUGCGUGCUGGGGUUCCUCUCCUGCUCCCUCUUCCUGCACAUGAGCUUCGAGCUGAAGCUGCUGCUGCUGCUGCUGUGGCUGGCAGCCUGCUGCUCCCUCUUCCUGCACUCCCACGCCUGGCUGUCUGACUGUCUCAUCGCCCGCCUCUAUCUGGGUGCCUUGGACUCCAGGCCAGGGGUGCUGAAGGAGCCUAAACUGAUGGGAGCAAUCUCCUUCUUCAUCUUCUUCUUCACCCUCCUGGUCCUGGCUCGGCAGAAUGAGUAUUACUGCCGCCUGGACUUCCUGUGGAAGAAGAAGCUGAGGCAAGAGCAGGAGGAGACAGAGACGAUGGAAAACCUGACUCGGCUGCUCUUGGAGAAUGUGCUCCCCGCGCACGUAGCCCCCCAGUUCAUCGGCCAGAAUCGGCGCAACGAGGACCUCUACCACCAGUCCUACGAGUGUGUUUGUGUCCUCUUCGCCUCAGUCCCAGACUUCAAGGAGUUUUACUCUGAAUCCAGCAUCAACCAUGAGGGGCUAGAGUGUCUGCGGCUGCUCAAUGAGAUAAUUGCUGAUUUUGAUGAGCUGCUCUCCAAGCCCAAGUUCAGUGGGGUGGAGAAAAUCAAAACUAUCUGCAGCACCUACAUGGCAGCUACAGGCUUGAACGCCACCUCUGGACAGGACGCACAGCAGGAUGCCGAGCAAAGCUGCAGCCACCUUGGCACCAUGGUAGAGUUUGCCGUGGCCCUUGGGUCUAAGCUGGACGUCAUCAACAAGCACUCAUUCAACAACUUCCGCUUGCGUGUGGGGUUAAACCACGGACCUGUAGUGGCCGGAGUGAUUGGGGCCCAGAAACCACAAUAUGACAUCUGGGGCAACACGGUGAACGUGGCCAGCCGAAUGGAGAGUACAGGCGUCCUGGGCAAGAUCCAAGUGACCGAAGAGACAGCCUGCGCCCUGCAGUCCUUAGGCUACACCUGCUACAGCCGGGGCAUCAUCAAGGUCAAAGGCAAAGGGCAGCUCUGCACCUACUUCCUGAACACAGAUUUGACACGAACUGGACCUCCCUCGGCCACCCUAGGCUGAGAACCCCACCCCCUCCUCCCACCUAUAAGAUCCUCAAUAAAGAUAUUCUGGUA